AUGGAGUGGUAUGAACAGGACGAUACCUUAGCCAGAUUGAAAGGUUGCUUUCGAACGCUGUAUCGCAAGGCGUUGGAAAAUGCAAUCCCUGACUUAACGAUUGCCGACGAAGGAUUAGAGCAUUUAGACAAACUAAUGAUACGAUUGCUUGUUAUAAUAUGCGCUUGUUUACCGCAUACCGUAGCCGAUGUGGAAGAGUAUAUAUUGGACACUUUUCCUAACCCAAUCGAUGAAUCAGUAAUUAGUGAAGCUAGAGGGAUGUUAGAAAAAGGAAAGAAAAGAAGUCAUCUAUCGGCCUGCGUUGAUAAGUUCCAUUCAGUCCUUCAAAAGGAUAUCCUUUGCUAUAAGAUAGAUCAGCAAUUAUCCUUAUAUGUUAUAACCGUAGCGGAUUACUUAAUAUGUAAUAUAUUGAAGCUGACUGGUACGUACAUCAGAAAUAUAAAACAUACAGAAAUUGGCAGUCAAGAUAUUAAAAUCGCGAUGUUUGCUAAUAAUCCGUUGCAAGAAUUAUUUAACCGUGACGUUGACCAAAUACAUGAGGAAAUGGGUCGAGACACCUUUAUUCCUUACGAAACAUUGGUAAAAGAGUUACUUUUAGAGGAGCAACAGUUUAUUCGGGAUUUAAACCUUAUUACAAAGAUAUUUAGAGAACCAUUUAUUACCGCGGCUCAUCUGUUUUCUGAAAGGGAGGUACAGCGGUUAUUUUCCAACGUUGAUGACAUUUACGAAUUUUCCGUAAGCUUCCUUGGAUUAUUGGAAGAUACGAUUGAAAUGGCGGACAAUGAUACGGAACAAUAUACUCAAGUUGGUGAUUGCUUUUUAGAAAUGGCUGAGGCUGAAGAGUUUAGCGUGUAUGAUACUUAUUGUACAUCCUUAAGGGAAUCUUCAAAAGUUUGGUCAAAUAUAUUACAGAAACCGGAAGUAUUAACUUAUUGUCAGUAUAUUGGAGCCAAAUAUAAAUUUAAAUUUAAGGAAGGAGUACAAUACAUACUGCCGAAAUUGUUAAUAGUACCUAUUCAGCACUGCUUAAAGUACUUUGACUUCAUUGAUCUCUUAGCAGGAGUAACAGUCCAUCAAGAAGAUCAUGAUAAUCUUGAACAGGCUUUGGGAAUUCUAAGAACUCUGCAGAUCCAAAUUAAAAAAACAUGUGAUACGUUAAUCGGAAAAAGGAGACAUUAUGGGGAUGCAUUUGAGUGUUUGUUGCGUCCUAGCAGACGGAGAACGCCAAUGCAUAUGCUUUACGAGCUCGAGGAAGCAAUAGAUGCGUGGGAGAGGGUAUACUGUAUAAAAUGUCAUCUGGAAAAAAGUGCCAUGGAUCGGACUCUGGAUGGCUUAUUACAAGAACAAGAAAAUGCAACCAUACUUAGACUUCCGGAUCCUAAGCAUUACAGAUUUGCUAUACCCGACAAAGUUGGAACUGAUGGCAAUAUUGUAUUGGAGGAGAAUAAAUAUAAUCCAUCCGGUGUGCCAUUAGUAAAGGGUGGAACUAUUUUAAAAUUAGUUGAAAGGCUAACAUAUCAUAAAUAUUCAGGAUUGAAUUACCAAGACUUUAGUGCUACCGUUAGGGAUGAAUAUAAAAAGUUUAAAAAGGAAUACCUAGAACCAGUACAACUACGAGUACUGAAUGUUUUACGUCAAUGGGUCGACCAUCAUUUUUACGACUUUGCCAAAGAUGAGAUACUUUUAGAUAGAUUGAAAGAAAUGGUUGAGUCAAAGAAAGGUAAAUCAAUGCGAAAAUGGAUCGAAUCGAUAGUAAAGAUCAUAAAUCGUAAGGAACAGGAAAUCUACUUCAGUAUUGCGUCCGAUACUUCUCCAACAUUUGAUUUUUCGCCUCCACCGAUAGAAUGGUAUAUUGCUCGAAAAUCGGAUCAAUACUCCAUUCUUACGCUUCAUCCGGUAGAAAUAGCUCGUCAACUGACACUUAUAGAGUCGGAAUUAUUUAGGGCUGUUAAACCCUCUGAAUUGGUUGGUGUUAUGUGGACAAAGCCUGAUAAGGACAAAUUAGCUCCAAACGUUUUGCAACUCAUUCAGCACUCGACAUUGAUUACGCAUUGGUGCGAAAAUGAAAUUUUAAAGCAUGAAAAUUUAGAAGAGAGAACAGCAGUAGUUUUGAGAUUCAUUGAAGUACUAAUGGUUUUCGAGGAGUUGAAUAAUUUAAAUGGGAUACUUGAGAUUGCUAGCGCAAUAGGUUCGUCGCCUGUUCACAGAUUAGAGCAUACUUUCAAGGAAAUUCCGCCUAAGCGACUUUCUUAUUUAAAGGAAAUGCUUGGACUUACAGCUGAUCAUUUCCGAAAGUAUAAUGAGAAAUUGCGCUCCGUAAAUCCGCCAUGUAUUCCGUUUAUGGGAAAAUAUUUAACAGAAAUUCUUCAUACCGAAGAAGGAAAUCCUGAUUUUUUACCGACUAGCUCAUCGGAAACUAUAAUUAAUUUUCAUAAAAGGCGUAAAGUCGCAGAUAUUGUUGGUGAAAUUCAGCAAUUUCAGAAUGUUCCAUAUUGUCUGAGAGAAGAACCCAGUAUCAAACGAUUUUUGACAUCCUUGGAUCCGACCGAAACAAAAAGUAAAAGCCAAUUUGAGGAUUAUUUAUACGAACAGUCUUUGAAAGUUGAACCUCGUGAUAAGACCGAUCCUCCGAAAUUUAGUCGUCGAACUGAUGUACCUUUAAAGUCUCCUGGUAUUAAGAUUCGAUCAAACUCUUUAACUGGUAUGGGUAUUAUGACAUCCAACCCAAUAGCUACCAGAAGAACAAGCGGUAGUGGCGGCAGAGAUUCUAUCAGAUCAUUUUCGGAAGCUGUCAAUCAAGGCUCUUUAGCUUCAAAAAAGCGUACUCUUAGCCGUAGUAGAGGUUCAAAUUUCGAAUUUCUUACAAGCACUUCUCAACCAGACGCUUUCUUAGGAAGAGGGGCGGUUCGAUCAUUAUCAUUGCCUAUUGAUCCAAACAUAAAGUUACUGAAGGGAAAUAGAAUCAGAACCGUUUCGAACUCAUCAAUAGCGUCAACAGAACCAAUUACGUUGUUUGAAAAUGAAUACGAGUCUAGCAAUGAAAUUAUUCCGCCAGUUCCGCCGCGGAAAAGUCGAUCAGCUUCAUCAAGUGACAUCCAUAGAUUAGAAGUUGUCGAAGAUAAGCAUGAAGUACUGACUCGCCAUUUAUCUUUCCGUGGCCACCCAAGUGGUGAUUCAAGACUGCCGCUCCCAAUUCAAGAAGAGGUAAUAUUUGAUGAAAAUGAUCAGCAGGACAAACCGCCUCCGUUGCCACCUAAACCGCGACAACUAUUUAUUGAAUCGACUAAUCCACAGAAAGCCGAUGAUACUGGAGUACCACCACCUUUACCGCCGAGAGAUUUUUCAUCUACACCAUGCGCUAACACAUUUUUUAAUGUUCAUUUCAUGGAUAAUGGUGAUGUUGAUGGAAAUGAUGUAGAUAAGGCUCCACUUCCACCACCACGAUUGCUUAAUCGAAGCACAUCAAAAACUGAUGAACCACCACCACCAUUACCACCACGGCCUGCUAAGGCAUAA